UUAAACGUAAAUGAGCAGUAAAGACCAAACAUGGAAAACAUAGGGAGUUUUCAAGAUUUGUGUAGGUUGAAAUUUUCUCAUGUUCCGAGUAAUGUGAAGAUUGAGAAAGUUGCAGCAUUUGUAAGAGAGAAGAUAACAAGGGCCAUGACUAUGACCCCAAAGUUGUUUCGAUCGGGCCUUACCACCAUGAUAAAUUAGAGUGUCAGUUCGUGGAGGGGUUCAAAUAUAAGGUUUUGGAAUCUCAGUUGCUCUCAUAUUCUGGUGUUGACAUAACUUAUUAUGAUAACAUCUUUUGUGCUGUGAUCAAUGAUAUCAGGCAUUGUUAUGUUGAAGGUUCUACGGAUUGUUAUAGUGAUCCUGAUUUUGCCCGUAUUAUGCUCCUCGAUACAAAUUUUCUUUUGAGCUAUAUGGAAUCCCUCACACUAUAUCCACAAGUUAAGGAUUUCUUUGUAAGAAAUUUUGGCUUUGUAACAUAUUUUACUGCACAACGUGACAUAUUUUUGCUUGAAAAUCAAAUUCCACUUUGGGUUCUCAAGAUGUUGGCUACCUUAAAGUAUGGUGAUUAUGAUCAAGAUGGAAACUUGCAAAAAGAAUUGUUUGGUAAGUUUUGUGGUUCAGCAGUUUUUUGUGAUUAUCAGCCAACAAAAGUAAGGGGCUCAUGUGAUGGUAAAAAUAGUGAGGAUGAGCAGCCUAUGCAUCUUCUUGAAACUCUUCGGGAUGUCUUCAUCUCCGAACCAAUUCAACCAAAAACACUUCAGCAAAAGGAUUUCAAAACGGAAUCGAAGAGUCAUAUCUAUCCCUUUCGAUCAGUUAGAGACCUCAAACAGAAGGGCAUUUUCUUUCGGUCGAGUAGCAUAAAUUCUAUCCAUGGAAUAAAAUUCAAAUCCUACAAGUUGUUUGGGAAACUCGAUCUUCCAAAGGAACACAUGAACAUCUAUAGCAAGGUAAUCUAUUCAAACAUGAUAGCUUAUGAGAUGAGUCCAAACACGAAUACUCGAUAUGAGGUGUCAUCUUAUGUGAAUUUUAUGAAAUCACUUAUAGUAUGUCCAGAGGAUGUGAAAGAACUACGAGAAAAAGGAGUAAUCUGUAACCACUUGGGAACAGAUGAAGAAGCAGCCAAACUGUUCCAAGAUAUUACUACUUAUGAUGUGGUCUCUCAUGGCGGUAUUCUUGUUGAUGUUAUAAAAGAUAUUCAGAGCCACGUUAGCUGCAAAGCUAAAACAUCAAUGGCAGAAUGCUACUGGACUUAUUUUAGCACUCCAUGGUCAAUUAUCGCGUUACUUGUAGCUGCUGCGCUACUUUGCUUAACUAUUAUGCAAACUCAUUAUACUAUGUAUCCUAUGAAUUAAACAGUGUGUAAACACCUAAUUUCUUUUUGUCUUGUCAUUCCUAAAUAAAUGUUUUGUUUCAUUUUA